AUGAGUGAUAAUGCCCUAGAGGACACUAAUACCGCUUUAUCGCAAAAUUCCAAAACAUUUGAAGGCGCGGAAGGUGAGGCGGAUGACACAUGCGUUGGCGAGGAUGAGGGGUAUGAACUUGAGGAGCUCAAGGAGGUCGUCCAAAACAUCCUGUGGGACAUUGUGGACAGCAGAAGACCGUUGUUGCGUCGCUUAAUCAACGCAAAAGCACUACUGGACGCUCCUCCACCACCGCCGCCGAAACAAGGAGCAAGAAAGCCUAAGGUACCGGAAGUGGACGGCCAUGCACUUUUCGAGGAAGUAGUUAAAGAGAUUUUGGAAAUCGACGAGGAACUUGGGAACGUGGACAGAGAGAUCCUCGAUGAGCAGCUCUUUAUCCUCUGUGACAAUCCGCCGCCAGUACCACCAUCGCAAAUCCAGCUUAUCCUCUUCAGGAAGAACGAACAAGGCACAGUGUUUGAGCACCAUGAAAUAAUGUCUCGACUGUUUUCUUUUCUUGAUGUACAGUCUCUCCUGGCAUUUUCCGAGGCGUCGAAGCUGUGCCGCGAGGCCGUGGAUACUUACGCCAGGAAGGCUGCUUACAACCUGCUGCUGCAUAGGGGCUCAGUGUGCAGCAACUUGAGCUACUGGCGUCAGGUGAUAGAGUUCUUUUUCACUAAUGUGGUAACGCUGCAGCCAAUCAGCCGCAGCAACUACGCGCCGAUACAGGCGCAGCUGCGCAUGAACAAGAACAUCUUCCCUAUAAACGCACAGUCCAUGAAAGCGCAUACCUACGUCUCAUUCGACUUCAUCAAGCCCCACUACAUUGUGUACUGCGACCAUCAGCGACCGAUGGCGCACACCUGUGAAGCAUCUAGGGCACUUGACUGUGACCGCAAGGCGGUAACUAAGGUCAUUACGGCGAACGAGUUUAUAGUAGAAUAUUGCAAGCGGUUGGAGGUGCAGGACCCGAACUCCCCCGCGUGGGGAGUGCCCGCUUCCAUGGUCACGCCGGCGUACGUUGCACUGAUGCUUAAGGUAACGCUAGAUACCAUAGCACAGUGCAUCACCAAGCACUCCGGCUUAGUCGAGUAUCGCAGGACGGAGUACACCGCCAACGCAACGCACCACAUAACGCACCGCAUUUGGCUGCAGCUGUCCCUGAAGUGGGAUUUCAGAUUCGGCGACGACGCGCAAAAUUCGCUCUAUUUAAACGUCGCCGAUCACUUCAGAUGGGAUGGGUAG